AUGGAAGAAGAUAAUAAACCAGAUAUCAAACCAGUAAUCGAUGAAGCCCAAAAAGAACCGGAUGAUAAAAAGACAAGUUUGUGUGUUGCAUUGAAAAUUCUCAAAAAGUAUAACUUAAAUUCUACUGCUGAAACUUUGAAAAAAGAAGCAAAUUUGACAGAUUCUGCAUAUAAUACUUCAGAACACGAUGUUAAUAAUGCAUUAAAUAUAUUUAAAUCUCAAGGAGAUCCGUCAGUGUAUGAGAAUGCUUAUAUUACUCUAUCAAAAUUUGUUGAAACAUCAUUAGAUAUUUACAAACAUGAAUUGGGAUGUGUUUUAUACCCAGUGUUUGUACACAUGUAUUUGGACCUUGUUUGUAAUCGUUAUGAAGCUGAAGCUUUAAAGUUUAUGAAAAAGUUUGGACCCGGACAAGAAUCUUACUAUCAGGCUGACAUUCAAAACUUGGCAAUAAUUACAAAAAAAGAAGAAUUAGAGGAUAAUGCAUUAAUAAGCAAUUACAAAUCAAACGAAUUUGUUGUUCGAAUGUCUAGGGAUACAUUGUCUCUUUUAAAAAGGCAUUUGAAAGAAAAAAAACAAACUGUCUUACUAGAUAUUGUACAAGAAAAUUUGUUCUUUGAUGUUUAUGAAGGAAUAGCUAGAAACAAACAACAAAUUGAUGCGGUGGCAGGAGGUAUGAUCGGAGAAGGAACUCGACAAGACAAUAAAUCCAGAGUGUACUAUGGGUUAUUGAAAGAACCAGAUUUGCAAACUGCAGCAGCAACAGUUAACUUAGAUGAAGAUGAAGAAGAAACUCAAGAGAGUGAAAAACCAAAAAAAAAGAAAUCGAAGUCUAAUCCUUUACUAUCUAAAAAAACUAAAAUUGAUCCUAAUGCUCCACCAUUAGAUAGAAUGCCACUACCACAAUUGAGAGAGAUUGAUAAAAAAAUUAAGGUUCAAGCAGUUUUAGAUUCUGCUAAGCGAGUGGCGUUAAACCAUGAAACAUUACCUUCUAUAUGUUGUUAUACAUUAUUAAAUUGUUCCAAUGCUGUGAAUUGUGCAACAAUUAGUGAUGAUGCAACAAUGUUGGCUGUAGGAAUGGCUAAUAGUCGAGUACGUGUGUGGAGCCUAGUACCUCAAAAACUACGUGCCAUGAAAACGGCUGAUCAACUGUUGGAUAUAGACCUGGAAUCUGACGAUGUAAUGCAUAGGAUACUUGAUGAUAGGUCAGCUGAAACCACCCGUACAUUGCUUGGACAUUACGGCCCUGUAUAUCAAGUGUCGUUUAGUCCUGAUAAAACAUUAUUGUUGUCAUGUUCAGAAGAUUGUACAAUUAGACUUUGGAGUUUACUAUUAUGGUCAUGUGUAGUUGCAUAUAAAGGAAGUUAUCAUCCUGUAUUUGAUGUCAAGUUCAGUUUACAUGGUUAUUAUUUUGCAACUUCUAGUAGAGACCGUACAGCGAGACUAUGGGCAACAGAUAAUUAUCAGUCAUUGAGGUUGUUUAGUGGUCAUUUUUCAGAUGUAGAUUGUUGUCAGUUUCACCCUAAUUCAAAUUAUAUAGCAACUGGGUCAAGUGACAGAACUGUACGUUUAUGGGACUGUGUUACCGGAGAACAAGUACGAUUAAUGACUGGCCAUAAAGGAGAAAUUUUGACGUUGUGUUUUUCAAAUGAGGGACGAGUUUUAGCAUCAGCUGGCAAUGAUUGCAAUGUACUUCUAUGGGACAUUGCACAUGGACAUUUAGUUGCUAUGCUUACUGGACAUAAAGGACCUAUUUAUACAAUUACCUUUAGUAGAGACAGUACUAUUUUAGCAACUGGCUCUCAUGAUUGUAAAAUAAUGCUCUGGGAUUAUUCAAAACUUAUAGAAGAUCUCUCGUUAGAUGAUAUGAAUGUGCAUAAUCCAACUGUAAUGAAUAAUAGUUCCAAGUACCUACUUCGAGCAUUUGGUACAAAGAACUCACCUGUUAUACAUCUGUUUUUUUCAAGGCGAAAUAUUAUGUUUUGUGUUUGUUCGUUCAAUUCUCCUCAAUCAAAUUAA